AUGACUGACUUAGAAAAGAACAACUUCAGCAAAGAGGACUUUUCAGGAUCUGCAGACGAUGUCAAUCGCCCUUCCAAUUCAAACAAUCAUCACCGAAGCAGUGUAGCAAGCAGCCAGAGUCUACUCUCAUCGCAAAAGCUGUCAUGGAGAACCAAGAUCGGCUACUCCUUUGGUCACAUUCUCAAUGACUUAACUGGCUCCAUUUGGUUCAGCUACACCUUACUCGGCUCUCUUGGGGGCACGUUAAUUCUGCUGGGCCAGGUCGCCGACGCCAUCGCCUCGCCCUUUGUCGGCUACCAGUCAGACCGGUGCGGCUCAAUGUGGCUCUUUGCCCGCUUCGGUCGUCGGAAAACCUGGCACUUCAUUGGCGUGCUCAUGAACCUGGUCAGCGUUCCACUGCUCUACAACCGAUGCGCCCUUGGCCUCUGCGAGAGCGCCCCACAGUGGUCGCAGUUCUUCUACUACGCAGUCCUGGGCAUCAUCAACCAAGCGGGCUGGGCGGCGUCACAGGUCACUCACGUGUCGCUGAUCACCGAUCUGACGAGUGACACCAAUGAACGCAUUGCUCUGAACACCUACCGACAAGCAGCCACCAUCGCCUCCAACAUUUGCCUCUAUACGGUGACCUACUUUGUCAUUGCUUCACUUAACGACAAGCAGACUGGAGAGGCAAGGGAAACGAUUCGCCAGGAGGAUCUGGUCGUUUUCACUUAUGUCGCCUACAUCGUCUGCUUGAUUGGUCUCGUCUUUGCGGUCCUCUUUCAAAUUCUGGUAAGGGAGCCUGACCCACCGGCGAAACCACGCAAAGUGAAACCCGAAGACACAAAACGAUUUCUAAGAAGCAGUCGUGGCUCUCAAGGCAUAAUCACUUUGCUGGCUAACCAGACAAGCGACGAUACGGCGCCUUCAUCUUCGGCAAAGAAUGCACAGCUACCAAUUUCCACCAUCAGCUACCUGGCCGAUGCAGAAGAGUUCGAACGGCGUCUGAAGCAGGCGAAAACUGCCCAGAAGCGAUGGUACCACUGGUUUCGUUCGCUGUCCUUCUGGAAGAUAACCAUCAUCUACACCUUUGCGAGGUGCACACUGAACGUGACACAGGUCUACACGCCCCUCUACCUGCAGUACUACCUCCGCCUGCCGAAGAAAUCAAUCGCCGUCAAUCCCUUUGCCACCUACUUUGCAGGACUGGCCUUUUCCUUUGCAGCCAAGCCGUUCUCCGCUCGGUUCGGCUCCCGGUGGACGUUGUUUGUGGGCACCCUCUUCGGCGCCGCCACCAGCGUGUGGCUCUGGUUCGGCGAUGCCGAAUCCGCCAGUUAUCGCCUGUACCAGGUGUACGCAGUGGCGGGAUGUCUGGGCACUGCAGGCACCGUAGUAUUAAUUAGCAGUCUGGCCCUCACCAGUGAUCUCAUCGGCGGAAACACAAGCAGCGGAGCCUUUGUUUUCGCAGCCAUGGUAAAGUCAAAUUCUUUUGUUUGUAAACAACUACUGACCUGA